AUGGGACGCCUGUGGCAAGCAGCAAGGGGCUGUGGCGAGGUGUUUGGAAGGAAUCUUAGGGCCGAGCUUGAGGCGAGCGGCAGGCUUCGGGAUGCUUGUGCCUCGGUGGCAAGGGAAUACACAAGGUGUGUGUCCUUUGUUCGGGGCACCCGUGUGUUUGGUGCCGGGAGCAGGGUGCUUGAGGCGUCGGUCCGCGGGAUGAGGCUUUCGGACGCGUCGAUAGAGGCAGUCCUCGGAAUGGCCAGGGGCCCCGGGCUCUGGCCUGCAGGGGCUCUGGGGAAGCAGGGCGGGAUGCAGAGGAGGCUGGACACGAUGUUUGGGAUUCCGCAGUACUAUGGAGGAGUCCGGGGCGGGGAGUCUCGCGGUGCGCCCGCUGCAGAUGGAGGGUGCAGGACGCAGAGGGUGGAUGGAGGGCUGGCGGUGUACAGGACGGGAGUGGGCCAGAGGAUGCGGUCCCUGUGGUCGUGGAUCUGGUCCCUUGGCGGGCUGGGGCACAACGACUCUGUGAUAAGGGAGAUUGAGGACUGUCUGGUGCCCGGGAUAUUCGGGAGCAUAGGAUCUGGCGGCGGGGCGAGGCAUCUGUGUUCGGAGAGCGGGGAGGCAGACGUAUGCAAUCUUGGCAAGGAGAUGGAAAGGAGCUGCGGGCCUGGGGCAGAGGUGGUUGACAUCAGGAGGAUCGAGACGUCCGGAAGCGCCAGGGAAAAGAGGUUUGAGUCGCGCUUUGAGGUUGAGGCAGCAGGGAGGAGCGGCAGGCAUGUGUUUCUUGCACAGGGAAGGUUUGAGCCUGGGGGCGGCAGAGGAGGGUGGCGCCUUUCUGGGCUUACGUGGGCCAGGGUGGCGUGA